GAGACGGCCCUCUUGCUGGAUCCCGAAAACUCCUCCCUCUCCUCAAAGAAGUAUGUUGCGUUGACAGUGGCGCACGAGUUGGCACAUAUGUGGUUCGGGAAUUUGGUGACAAUGUCAUGGUGGACGGAUCUGUGGCUGAAUGAGGGCUUUGCAACGUGGACCGAAUACCUUGCUGUGGAUCAUUGUUUCCCAGACUAUGAUAUUUGGGUGAGUCGUCUUGCUCAGUGUGGUGUGUUGUGA